AUGACCAUCGCUUUGCUUCUUGUGACUCUUCCUGUGGCGUGGACUUGUGUUCCACAGAAAGCAGAUUAUGUUAUGGUGUCCUGCUUCCCCAACGCCAUUAUCGCCAACGUGCCCGAGUGUCCGUAUGGCUGGGAAAUGGAGCAGCUCUCUCUGGGGGGCGUGUGCUCCACAGGUGUGCAUAGCUCUGGCUACUACCGCUUUAUCAUCCCUGACCUGACGCCCAAGAACCACUCUUACUGCGGUACCCAGUCUGAGUACAUACCUGGCAAAGACGCUCGCUACGUCUUCUUCAACUCGGUGGUAUCCAACGACACACUGCUGACACUGAGAAACCAGCCGGUCAACUACACCUUCAGCUGCAUGUACCGUGCCACGUACCUCGUCAACAAUGCCGUCUUCAGCCAGAGAGUGGCCACCGUCUACGUCAGCAACGGCACUUUGGGCUCCUUCAUGUCUCAGCUGUCCAUGGGGGUUUUCACAAAUGCCAAGUUCCUGUAUGCCAAAGAGGCGCCAUAUGUAAUCGACACCUCGGAGAUAGGCUCAGAGGUAUUUAUCGGUGUGGAGGCCAAAGGGCUGAGCGGACGCUUCCGAGUGGUCAUAGAAAACUGCUGGGCCACGCCCACACCUUAUUCCACAGACAGGCGGAGGUGGAGCCUAAUCAUCAACAGCUGCCCGUCUGACGACACUGUGACCAUUUUCGAGAAUGCCAAGGACAGCCGAUCCACUUUCAAGUUCAACUCGUUCCGCUUUCGUGGCCUGGAGAAGGCGUCCACCGUAUGGCUUCAUUGCGAGGUCCAAGUGUGUGACGGCGAGCGGCUCGUCUGCCAACCAAGUCCUUGUCCAUCAAGAAGAAUGGCACCAAAGGCUGAUCCACAUGGCGGUAUCCUGACUGCGGAAUUUUAUAUUAAAGGAGCGACACUGCCUCUCCUGCUGCUCAUCCUUAUCAAGACAUGCUGUUUUGCUUACACAACUAAUCAGUGA